CCCUUUUCAACAAACUCGUCGUCAUUCUUCCACAUACAUCCGCCACAGUCUCUUCUUCAUGGCCGAGUCUUUCAUAAAAUAAAAUAAACCCUCAUCGCGCUCUGCCAUCUCAUCACGUCUCCCGGCGCAACAUGCCUUCUGUGCGCUCUGCCAACGGAGGCGACCCGACUGCUUCCAUGGGCCCCUUGGCUAGGUUCUGGAGAACGACUCAUGCGCCAGACUAUGUCGGCUUCCUAAUCCUCCUUGCAGGAUGGAUCAUGAUUAUGCUCUUCGUCAAUCCUUUCCACCGCAUGUUCUUCAUCAAUGAUCUGCGCAUCUCGUAUCCCUACGCCGAACAUGAGCGAGUCUCCGUCCCUCUCAACUUCCUCUACGCCCUCUUUAUUCCUCUAGGCGCCCUCAUCGCCUACAACACCGUCACCCGUGCCUCCACCCACAAGCACGAGGCCACAUAUCUCUCCCUGGCCAUCUCCAUCGUCCUCUCCUCCUUCAUCACAGAUAUUGUCAAGAAUGCCGUCGGACGCCCCCGGCCCGACCUUCUCGCCCGCUGCCAGCCCUCCGCCGACACAAAGCCAAACGUCCUCGUCACAAUGGCCGUCUGCACCGCCCCCGACGGCCACACCCUCCAGGACGGCUGGCGCUCCUUUCCCUCCGGCCACUCGUCCUUCUCCUUCGCCGGCCUCGGAUUUCUCAGCCUCUUCCUCGCCGGCCAACUCCACGUCUUCAAUUACUACACCGGUGGCCGCGAUCUCAGCCGCGCCCUCAUCUGCUUAUCCCCCCUCAUCGGAGCGGCCCUGAUAGCAAUCUCGCGGUGCGAAGACUAUCGCCACGAUGUCUAUGACGUCUGUGUCGGAUCAGCACUGGGCAUGACGGUUGCGUAUUGGAGCUAUAGGCGGCAUUUCCCCAAGCUGACGAGCCCUACUUGUGAUGAGCCUCAUCCUCACCCGGCCGCCGAGGCUCAGCCAGGAUGGCAGCGCGUGCGAGACGAAGAAGAGCAAGGUAGUGAACUAGCCUUCCCACUAGGAACUCGACGAAGUUGAGGCGGCUUGAGGCUAAUGUUGAGAUUUCAUAUUGUGCAAUGUAGUAUAAGCAUAGCCGGAAGAGUUUGUCUUUAUGUAAAUAGCUACCAACUCCACCAUCUACCGCCCUGUCCCUUUAAGAAAAGGGGAUCGUCAAAAGUAUAUAGGGAUUUCCUUGUG